AUUUCCCCUCAAUGUCCUUCUCUUCCUUUUUCUCUCUUCUUUUCUUCCUCCGUUCGUCAAUUAAGCUGUACGCCGUUCAUAAACAAUUCUCAUCGUUGAUCAACAGCAACAGCAACAAGUAAACAAAUCAUCAAAAGUUGUUAGUGCGGUUUGACUAGGCUCAUCUACAACACCUGUAGAAGACCUAGUCCGAACCCAAACGAGUGCGGGAACAACCAUCAUGCCUUGGGGACUUCCCUUCUUUCGGAACCACACAGAGGACCAGAACGAGAACAACAAGAAAAAAGGCAACAGCAAGAGCCCGAAGAACGCCAACAAACCCACCAACCGCGUCACCAAGCCCAGAGCUCACUCAACAGGUAACCUGGAAAAGUCCACCAAGUCCACCAUCCAAAAAGCCAUCGACUCCGCGGACAGCUCCAAGUCCGUUCCCAUCACAAACCCUUACGGCUCCCGCCUCUUCGGCACCGAUCCCUCCAACCUCGCCUCCUUCAAUUUCCAACGCCCUACCCCAGCCAUUCCCCUCUCCCCCACGGAACUGGCCAUCAAAAAGCGUGACCAACGCCUAGCCGCUCUCGCCCAGCGCAAAGCGCAAGAGGAACACGACAACAAGCUCCGCCUCGCCUCCCAUCGGCGAGUCGACCCCACCGUGACUCCUCACUCUGACGCCUUUCAAACUAAUCUGUAUUCCAUCCGCACCCACCUGGACUCGCCCACCUCUACCCUGAACGAGCUGCUCAAGUCGCGGUUCAGUCCCGAGGAUCGGGACCUGUUGCUGCCGGCUGAUUGGGAGCAGAAUCCCGUGUUGGCCGAGUUGCAGGGGAAGAACAGCGAGAGGUACAAGAGGUUGGUCAAGGGGGAGGUGAAGGGUUGGCAGAAAAAGAGGGAUAACAACGAAGGGUGGGCAAAGGAGGCCGAUCUAGCGUUCAAAUUGACUUGUUUGUACUUUGGAUUGCCGGUUGCGCCGAUGGGGUGGGAACAGAGCGAGACGAGGAGGUGGUGGGAGAAGAAGCAGCAGCAGCAGCAGCAGAUGAGUGGUGGAGGUAAGAGCGAAACGGGUGGGCCGGGGUAUGAUGAGGAAGAGGAUGAUAUGGGGAAUAUUGUUAGGAGGCCGAGAGAGGAUCCGAUCAAGUUCUUGAAUUGUUAUGGGAAGAGGGUUUUUGAGAAAGAUGCUGUUCGAGAACCGGAUCCGGUCUUGGAGACGUACAACGCUCUGCCUAAGUUCCCGCCGACACUUAAGGAACUCGAUCCUGAGGGAGACUACAUAAACGCUGAUGCGUUGCGUGUAGAUAUGCCGGAUAGGUUCGACUUUAGCAUCGGCCUGCGUGGCGGUGGUGAUUUUGAUGAUGAGGAUGAAGAGGACGAAGUCGACGAGGAUGAAGAGCACUCAAUGGAUAUUGAUGAGCCCGUGGAUCUUGUCCCAUCCCCAGAAAACGCCCUCGUCUCUCUUCGCGGCGGAGGUCCUCUCAAGGACAUCGGCGGCGUCUUUAAAGACAUCGACCGCGGCAAACACCGCCUCUCCACCGAGGCUUUCUUUGCUUUUGCGCAGACUGAUCACCACAAGGAGGGCCUCAAAAGCCGACUUGAAGGCGAGAGAGGCGGGUUCGAGAAUCUGUGGAUCCCACUCUACGGUUACCAGGGCAUUGUCUGGUUCCGUAUCGACACGCUCAACACCUUUGUUGACGCCGUCGAUCGUCUUUUGGGCUUUGGCGUCCGAGCUGGUGCCUCAUACAAGCUCUACGUGUUCGACAGGAACAAGGAGUACAAGACCCGAGCCCAAAAGGAGGCCUUCCUGCGAAACGACAGGAACUCUCUCGACGUCGCCUGCAAAGGACCUGGCGACUACAGCAACGACCACAUUGCCUGGAACUGGGUCGUCGGACACCUUGGCUCGCUGGGCGACGACACCAGCGGAUCGCCCCUGGCGCACCAAAAGGUGCUCUUCGUCGCUGGUCCCGGUGAUCCCGUGCCCUAUCAAUGGGAGCCGGCCAACAUGCACAACGUCGCCAAGCUGGUUCUUGAGUGGGACGGCAUGCCGGACAUGAACCGUCCGGACGUCGCCUACCUCCGCAUGCCUAUCGUCGGAGAUCCGUCAGCGGCGGAUGUGCACACCAACCAGUUUGCUCCCUGGAUGACACAAGCUUGUCGUGUUUUGUGCGCCGGCCGCAUCCCCAACCGUCCCGGCCAUCCUUUUGUUCCCGACGUGUACAUUGGCGUCAAAACUACGUCCGACCCUCGUAAUGGCGGCAACGACAAUGCCUACGGCACGUACGGCGGGUUGACCUUCAACUUCAACCAAUGGACUUCCAUCUUGCAAGCCCACAAGGACUCGCGUAACCAACCGAUCGUGCUGCGGGCGUGGACUUCCGAGUCACCUAGCGGCAACAUCGACCGUUGGCACCUGUUCGUGCCCGGCGUCUCGUAUGUGUACAGCGACGACUGCGCAAUCUUGCACUCCGAGUUCAAGGACUCCAAGCGCGUCUACGCCAAGAUUAGCAACAUGCUUGAGUCCGGUCUCGGCUUAGAACAGGUGCAGGACCUCAAGCACAUCGAGGUACACCUCCCCGGCGAGUCGUUCCUCGCCGAUGCGCGGGAACAGUCGGAGGUGCUCAUCUCCGUCGACUCAACCGGCAAACUGGACAAGCAGGGCGUCCAGCGUGUUGCUGAACUGCUUGAGCAGUGGUAUAACUGGCUAAAGGAGAAGCCGGGCGUGCCGCCAGCUAGGAAUGGCGUGGAUAUGUUCCCGCAGUUUAUCACGCUGCAGCCGGUGUAUUGGGACCAUGCCCUGGUCUGCGAUGAGGAUACUGAGCAGUCGUUGGACUGGAAUCCGAGGGAGACGAGCCUCGCGGAGUUCCGCAGGCUGAUUGCGGAGUUGUGGAUCUCCGGAAGGUACUCGGUUGAUUACUAUGCUGAGAGCUCAAGGGUGAGACUGACGCAGAAUGAGCUCGACGGCGCGCCGAUGUUGGUGGUGCUGCCUACUACCACGGAGUUGGAGUGGUACAAGAUUCGGGAUAUGAUUGUUUGGCCGGAGCUGGUUGUGCAGGUCUAUGAUGAUCAGUUUGAUGUGUUUGGUGAUAUCUUCGCCCAGCCUUUUGGUUACCGCGAUAUCUACAAGACGGACGCCAAUCUUCUCUACAGCAGUCUCCAUAACAAGGAUGAUCUUCCCAACGGGAACAUCCUUCGCUUUGGUCGUGACUACCAGCUCUGGGCUGAACAAGUGCCCUGGAGUCAUGGCGAACUGAGGACUAUCCAGCCAUCAGACCAUCAGCCUCGGCCUGUCCCUGGUACUACUGCUUCUCAGCAGUCGCGGACACCACAGACAGCGGUGAAUCAACAUAACCCAAAUCCGAUGGGUUUCGCCUCCAACCUGCCACCUCCACGUCCCACUCAUACGGGCGUCUUCAGUGCUUCCAGCAAACUGGACAUCAAUGCCAUGAACCCGAGCGAAAAGGGCCGCUUCCUCCGGGAGUUCAGCUAUGCCAACCCGCUCACCGUGGACUUUGUCAAGGGCAUUCCUGUCCACAUCCCUCCCAUCGACCAGCUCCUAGACUGCAAGUUCGAUAACACCCCGCGUCUAGCCAACGGCGUCCUCACGCCCUCGGAAGUUCGCCUUCUUCAACAAAAAUACUUCGAGCUGCGCACCAUCAUGCUUGAACGCGAGGAAAAGUGUCACUUCCCGGGCUGUGACGCCGCCUUUCCCUUCGGCAGCGGCCUCAUGGCGCGACACAUCAAAGCCGCCCACACCGCCGAGAAGUGCAACUUCUGCCACGACCCUCUCUACCAGCACUGGACCGUCGCCCAGCGUUUCCAGCACUUCGCCUCCAAGCACGCCGACAUCCUCGGCGCCCUUCAAACCAGCCGCCCCGUCAAUGCCGCCUCCUACGACGACCAUCCCAACCCCUUCCAGUUUAAGCGCGAGCUGUCCUGGUUUUUCUGCUGCCGCUGCGGCCGUGACCACUCGGUCCUGUCUGCAAAGCUCGACCGCUUCCACCACGACCUCGUUUGUUACCCCGGCGCUGCCCACCACGAAAUUCACCCGUGGAAGUCCUGCACCGUCUGCGGCCAGCGCAUCAACACCGACGAUCCGUCCUCCGCCAAAGCGCACAAGCACCCCGACGUCGCUCGCGGGCCAGGCAUCAAACCCGAUUUCUGUGCGCAGUGCGGUCUCGAGCUGCGCAGGCUCGAAAUCGCCGACCGCGAGAAACAUGCGCAUUUCUGCAGAGGCCACUGCGGCGGCAAAGGCCACAACAGCAGUUCCUUUAACGUCCGCUUCUGCCCCUGGUGCGGGCUGGAGAUGGAAAUGACUACUUCCGCUGACGGAACCAAGGUCGUCGACAGCGUAGCGGCGCAGCGACACAUUGAUUCAUGCGUUAGGAAGCCGCAAGACGACAAGACGACGUUUGGCCCCAUUCACCCUGUAUCCAGCCGUGCUUACUACUACGGGAUUCCCAAUGGCGCAAAGACGGCGCGUGUGGAUGUGCCACAGGGCGUGAUCCCACUCAAGCAGUGGCAGGGGAGGUCGGUGGCGACCGGGGGGAGGCAGCCGUUGAGGGCGAGGAAGGGGGAGAGGGUUGGACCUGCUGGGGCAACGGAUUUGACGAUGGGGACUGUCGUUCCUGCUGGCCUGUUUGCAAAUGUCACACAAGGCGGCCCGGGACCGGCUACUACCGCUGCGAAGACUGCUGCGAAGAAGGCGAGGUUUGCGGAUGUGGUGGAGGAGGUGAAACCUGAGGAGGAGGAGGAGGAGGAUGAUGAGGAUGAGGAGAUGAGUGAUUUGUCGAUUUCGUCGGAGGAUGAGCCGGCUGGGAAGAAGGCUGGCAAACGACCCGCGCGUGCAGGAGGCAAACGAAAGCGGGCCCCUUUCACGUCAGACGACCCUACCUAUAAACCUACUUGGAGUUGGGAUCCAUCAGAUCAUUCUUCGGAGUUCAUGUCUGAUGAUGAAAGCGUACCGCGCCCAUCGGCAGCCAAGAAAACCAAGACAGUGGCAGAGCCGGAAGUCAAAGUGCCAAAGGUUUCGUUUAGGCCUACGGGCAAGGGAGGCAAGAAGAAGCUGGCGCCGUUCCAGUCGGAGGACCCUAGUUACAAACCUCCGAAGGACCAUUCGGAUGAGUCUGAUGUCUCGGAUGUUGCCGCCGACCCACUUGAUAUCUCACUCUGGCCCCAGCCACAUGAGGUUGUAACAUUCCCCGGUGAUGAAGUAGUUGAUGAGUCAGAAGAGGAAGAAGAGGAAGAAGAGGAAAGGGAGCCUACGCCACCACCAACAACCGAGAACUCCACGGUCAAACCGCCCAGGCCUGCCAAAACCCUCGCCCUGACAGCGGCAGCCCAAAAGGCCGCAGCCAAGGCAGCCGCGGCAGCACAGGGCUCCUUCGUUGAGAAAGUCAUUCUCCAGGCCCCGCCCAAGAUUCUACCGACCAUCCAUGGCAUCAGGGAACCAAACUCGGACGCCACGACGUCGAGCUCUGAGGAUGAGGAAGCUUUUGACGAAGAGCCCAAGAAGGGCAAGAAGAAGGCAGCUCCUAAGAAGGCUGCCGCGCGUGGUGGUGUAACCACCAGAGGCAAAGCCAAGCAAGCCGCCGCUGUGGAUGAUGCCGACGAGUCGGAAGAAGAGGAGGAGGAGGGUGGUGAAGAAGGAGAAGAAGAAGAAGCGGGAGAGGAAGAAGAAGCACAAAGCCCCGUGAGCGCCACCGCCCCAGAAGACCAAGACCAAGAAGCAGACGAUCAAGAACGACCCCCGACUAACCCGUUGCCUGCCCUCAAAGCAAUGAAAGUCAAGGUCCUCCACGCGCCUGACUCCCCCACUUCUACCGGCACCCAGAGCAGAGGUCUAAACGCCAAAAUGAUGCAACUUCCCUCCGGUUUCGGCUCUGGCGGCGGCGACGAGUCCAACACCAACACCAACUCCACCCCAUCUAAGCUUCGCUCUCGCGGCCGCGGCCGCGCUCAUGGGCGUACUCGCCCCAAAGUCUCUCUCUCUCCCAACCCCCGCCUCUUCGGCAAAGGCACGUCUCCUGACCCUCUCCAACCCUCUCAACCCCCUCCUCAACCCCCUCAACCCCCUCAAUCCCCUCCACCCCAAUCCCCAUCCCCCCCUCCCCCUCCUCAACCCCAACCUUAUUCCCAUUACGGCUCCCGCUCCCGCUCCGACGCCCACCCCAAGAAACGCGUCAAAAGAACCCUACCGCCCCCCAAAAAAGUGGACGUAGAAGAAGAAGUCCAGCGCAUCAUAGAAGGCCAACUCAAAGCAGCCAGACUCGCAAGACAGGAGAGACAAAUGGAAGACUACAGGCUGGCGCGACAUGAGCAGCGGAAAUUACAAAACGUGGACGACGACAACGACAACGACCCCUUUUUGCCGGAUAUGGAUGCAGAAUUAGAUGAGCUGGAGUACAUUAAGCGGCUUAAGCGGAGGAGGCAGCAGGAGAAGGAAGAAGAAGAAGAAGAAAGGGAGAGGAAGAGGUUGGCUACCUCUAAUGAGCGGGCAGUGGUGAGGAGGUUGAAGAUCCAUGGGUCGAUGGAGGCGGUGGAGAGUGUGAAUGAGGAGAGUGUGAGGGAGGAGGAGAGUGUGAGCGAGGAGGAGAGGCAGGAGAAAAGGAAACGGCCGGGACCGCCGGGAAGAGUAACGGAUGAGACUUUGGAGGCGUUGGCGCGGGAGUAUCCUGGUUCUAUAGUUUAGUAGGUCUUUGGAGAGUAAACGUGAGCGAGUGAGGAUGUAGGUAAACGGAUUUGGUCUUUGGUUUGGAGAUGGAUGGAUGGCGUUUGUCGAUUCAAGUAUCGUUCUUACGGGUUGGUUUAUCAGCUAUUUAUCUCUCAUCUCUUUCUCUUGGUACGUUAGUUUAUUUUCUCGUUUUAGAUAUCAGUUUACGUUAUUGCUUUCCUUA